GUUCUCGCCUGUCUCGGCUUAUUCACAAUAACUUUUCAGUUCAUAACUUAUUUUAUUAUUUUAUUUGCAAAACAUUUACAUAAAUAUUUACUAAGCAUGAGUAGCAGGGCUCAACAUUAACAGUUGUCCUAUUGCCUCUGGCAAGUAAAAUUUGAGUCUGAUCAAGUUAUUUUAUAAUCUAGUUGUCCGUCUAGGCAAGUGCAAAAAAUAACAAAGAGCAUUAAAUUAAGACUUUAAUUAGACUUUAAUUGCUGUAAUCAUAUUGUUAAAUGUGCAAAGAUAAAAGAAGGUUAAUUUGGUGUAUCAUUUUGAUCAUUAUUAUAAAAUACGAGGUUCUCAGUUAAUGUGAUAUUUCAUGUUUGGGCAAGUGGCUUAACAUUCAGGGCAAGUAGAUUUUCUAAGUACUUGCCCAGCAGGGCAAGUAGGUUUUUACGUUAAUGUUGAGCCAAGAGUGGCCUGUUUAACAAAAGAGCCCCCAGCCCUUUCUUAUCAUAGCUGGUGCACUGACUCAGUGUUGUCUUCUAAUGGCAAUAAUACAACUCCCAGCUAUUGACCUUCCGGGUCGCUUGGAGUUGCAACUGACAACCCGAUUUUCCAAAGAAACUUGCCUCCCAGAAUCUGGGCUUUAGUUUAAUCAGAAAUAUUAGCCACAUAAACUAUUUUCUGGCAUAAAUAAGCACAAAAAGAUCGCAAAUAUACCCAUAAUGCGCAAAUUAAAACAACUUACAUGAUAUGUUAUGCUCGCAUAAUAUUGAUAUUAAUCCAAAGUUUCAAACACGUCAACGGUUCUUUUAAAUGUUAAUAUACCAACUAUCUCCGGAACAUCCGUAAGAAAGAUCGAAUUGUCAAUUCAAAACUUCGGCUUUCGGUUUGAUAACGGUUUUUGUAUAAAGUUUUUGUUUGGAGUAUUUCUCCACAAUUCACUCGCAAAUUGAUAUCGGUAAUAACAGGUAUUGUGUUUGUAAAGAUGUAUUAGGUUGAUUGAACUCGAUUUUAUAGACAUACGUGAGACAUAAUUUUUUACAUUAAAAAAUGGGUUAACAAGAAGAACUAAAUUCAACUAUGUUGUCUCCGGGAUUGGGUAUCUCAUGUAUCUCAAACUACUCCAAUCUAACCUCUUUGCCACUCAGAAGCAAAGUAAAAAUGGCUAUGUGCAAACAGCAUAGAACUGCCUGGAAUAUCCUGCGAGUAACUCUCAGUCUGUUCAGCAUGAUGGCUGCCAAAUUGAUAGAGCAGGCCACAGUCACUGUUGGACUUGUGUUGUCGUUCUUUCAACAUCCAGUGCAGUCUACCUGGACAAGCUGUAAAGCAACCAUUUUCAUGGACUUGUUGCUGACGUUGUAUAUGGACUCGAAUUGGAAUGUUUCUAAAACUUUUCCUUCAUGGUUUCGACACAAAGAUGCUGGGUUAUGGUGCUGCCUGGUGGUACCAGUUCUUCUUUGCAGCCAAGGACCAUUGAUGAGUCAGCUGCUGGUCAUUGCCUCUCUCCUGGUGUACAUGUGGACCUUCCACACCAACUGGCAGGCAGACCUGACCACUGUAGCAAUCAUUGUCCUCUAUAUAUGUGGCAGAGUAGGAUAUCUCGUGUACAACUCCUUCACUGUGGGAGAGGAAAGCAUCACACUGUCCCACAUCCUGGCCCUGUGCCUGUAUGUCACGCUCCUGAUCAAGGUCCCUAAUCAAUUCCCGGCCAGCUUUACUUUUGGUGAGGUGGCCAUGACCUGUCAGCUGUACACAGUCGCAUGGUAUAUGUGUGUGCAAGCUGGACAGCACUUCCAGGCUGUGGAAGAUCACAUAAGACUUGGCAUGGUUGCAUUUUGUGGAGUGCAUGUGUUUGUUGCCAUAGUUUUGUUGUCACGGCAACUUGGCCUCUCACCACUCGCUGUCUGGGGGAUUCUAAUUGUGUGUGGCCUUACUACAGCCAUUAUUACACUGCACUUUUUGGUGAAUUUGACACAGCUGCAGGUGUGGAUGUUCUCCAGAACUUCAGUAGUCAUGCUUGCCUGGUGGGCUACCCUCACUGUCAGCAGUAUUCUAGUGGUGGCGCUGAUGGGAAAUGUCCCGUCUGCAACAACAACAACAUCAGACAGGGAUCAACUUACAAAACACAUCGGACAGUUUGACAAACUUCCUGACACAUCUGGUCAACAGAUUGAAGCCUCAGAAUACAAGGAAAUUUCAAAAUCAAUCAGUUGCAAGAAUAGUAAAGUUGCAGUCCCAUCACACACAAGAAAUAAUGUCGAAGUUCACAAACAUAGUUGGAGGGAUACUAUGAGUAUUCAGGCCCAUGUGUCUACUGUUACACGGAAGUAUUUCCACCUGAUGUUGCUGCUUGUGUUUAUCCCUGGGCUCAUGUACACGCCUCGUCUGCUGUAUGUGGCAUCUGCCCUGGCUACUGGGGUGAUCUUCAUCAUGGAGUUCAUACGGUACAUGCUGCUGCCACCCAUGGGAGAGUUAUUGCACUCCUACCUGUCAGUGUUUGUGGACACACAGGACAAAGGGCAGAUAAUCCUGACCCCUCUCUACCUCAUUUUAGGCUGCUCACUUCCUCUCUGGUGCCUUCCAAACACAGGGAAUGCCCAUGUUUCACUAUUCUCUGGCCUGCUCUCAAUUGGUGUUGGGGACAGUGCAGCAUCCAUUGUAGGCAGAAAAUUUGGAGUCCAUAAAUGGCCAGACUCCAGCAAAACAUUGGAAGGCACAGCAGCAUCAGUCGUGUUCCAACUGUUAGCAGUUAUUGGCCUGGUAUACACAGGUGUGACACAUUCACAUCUUUCUCUGCCGUUACUAUUGACGAUUAUCUGCAACGCAGUUCUAGAAAGUUGUACACAGCAGAUUGACAACCUUGUGGUGCCAGUGUUCACGUUCAUGACCUUGACAAGUUUAUGAUAUGCAGCCAAUCAUGUCAUUAAAUAAAUAAAUUAUUAUGUUCCAGAGGUCAUUCAAUAAAUGUUGCAUGACUAAAAGUGCAAUGUAUGAUUUCAAAGAUGUUAUUGAUGAGAAAACCAUAUAUGCUGCACAGUGAACUGCAUUCAACGCCACACAGGUUUAAGAUAAUAAAGUUGUCCCAGUGUUCAGAAUUUUUAAUCUGUGAAAGUGUUGUUUUGUCGUUAGAGAUAGUUUAUAUUUUCCUGUAAAGAAAUCCGUUUGCUGAAUUAGAGACAUUGUUUUGUUUUGAAGAAAGUACUUCGAAAAUUGAGAUUUUUUAAAAUACCGUUUGUACUUGCGCACCUUUUUAUUAACAGUAGGCACUUGUGCAAUAGUUACAAUAGUAUAUAUGAUGUUGUAAGAACGAAAAAUGUAUACAUUGUAUAUUUAAGUGUUAAGAUGUUGCUUUGAUUUCUUUUCCAGAACGUUUUGUCUGUUUUUAAAGCCUAGCGCAAAUAAUAUCGGGCCCCUCCAUGUGGUAUUCCACUUUGUUUAUAGGCCCACCGUACAAUCUCCAAGCAUAUUUUGUUUGAAUCAGCUGACAGAGUAAUGGCUAAUUGCAGUUUUUCACCGCAUCAUUAAGCAGUUGGUUACUGCACCACAGAUUUGGAGACCUUCAGAUAUGCGUUGUAAAAAAAAAAAUAUAUAUAUAUAUAUAUAUAUAUAUAUAUAUUUGUUUUCUGCCAGUGUAUGCCUUAAGAGAAGAACCAUACUAUAUACUUAGGAAAAGUGAACAUCAAGUUAUAUUAGCCGUAGAGAAAUUAUUAUCCUCUUGACUUUUGUAUUGGGCUGAUGACCAUUUUUUUAAACUAUACAAACAUAUUUAUACAGUACAAUAUUAAUCUUAAUAUCCUGAUUUAAGCAGGGAUAUAAUACUUUUUUUUACAUAGUCCACAUUCAAAGGAUAAUAAAUACAAAUCUUAAAAAAAAAAUUGUUAACAAAUAAAAAGGCCCUCCCUAUAAUUUUGUAUGCCCCCGGUAGGGUGGCAUAUAGCAGUUGAACUGUCCGUCCGUCAGUCAGUCAGUCAGUCAGUCAGUCAGUCAGUCAGUCAGUCAGUCAGUCAGUCUGUCCGUCCAAAAACAUUAAUGUUUGCCAUAACUUUUGCAAUAUUGAAGAUAGCAACUUGAUAUUUGGCAUGCAUGUGUAUCUCGUGAAGCUGCACAUUUUGAGUGGUGAAAGGUCAAGGACAUCCUUCAAUGUCAAAGGUCAAAAAACAAAAUCCAAGGGAAGUAAUAAGCUUUAAAGGGAGAUGAUUUCUAUACCUGCCAAAUGAUAAAUAGAAAUUUUAUUUUAAAGCGGCGCUGUAGGGUGCAUUGUGUUUCUUACAAACACAUCUCUUGUUUCUUAUAGUUUGUAAUUGAAAUUUUAUUAAAACCCCGAUUUAUUGUCUAACUAUUUUUCUGGUGUCGUAUGUAUUGUUGUAUACUCGUACAUUGUAUUUGUUCAGGUUCAUGAGCACAUGUUCAGUUGAUGUACAUGCAUUUUGUACAACAGCAUUAGUGUUGAUAAAAUAUAAAUUUGUAUUAUCUA